UCCACACUGACACGAAGAAGAGUGGACGUCAACAAAAGUGACCGGCGAUGCGCCGAAUGAAAAUUGAUCCCUAGUUUGUGACAAAACAACUGGGGAGGCAUUUUUCCACGAUGGAAGCGUUCACUGAGCUCCUCAAUGGGUUCCCUGUGGGAGCUGGUGAAUAUCCGGUCACACUCUGCCUGGUCUUCAUCUUUUUGGGACUUCUCUACUGGUAUUCUGUCCACCCAUUUUCAACCCUUGCACGAUGUGGCAUCAAACACCCAAAGCCCGUGCCCUUCUAUGGCAACCUAUUUUUGUUUCGUCAAGGUUUUUAUAAGGCGAUCAGCGAUCUCAUAAAGACACACGGGAGAGUGUGUGGCUACUAUUUGGCGAGGAGACCUGUGGUGGUGGUUGCAGAUCCUGACAUGCUCAGACAAGUGAUGGUGAAGGAGUUCAGCACCUUUCCAAACAGAAUGACCCUUCGCUUCAACAGCAAACCCAUGAGCGAUUGUCUGCUCAUGCUGAGGAACGAACGGUGGAAGAGAGUCAGAAGUAUCCUGACGCCGUCCUUCAGCUCUGCUAAAAUGAAAGAGAUGGUUCCCCUCAUUGACACAGCCAUCAGUGCUCUCAUGAAGAAUUUGGAUGUGUACGCAGAGUCUGGAGACGCCUUUGACAUCCACAAGUGCUUCGGCUGCUUCACCAUGGAUGUGAUCGCCAGUGUGGCGUUUGCUACUCAGGUGGACUCCCAGAACAACCCGGACGACCCGUUCGUCCGCCAUGCACAGAUGUUCUUCUCCUUCUCAUUUUUCAGACCCAUGAUGCUGCUCUUUGUUGCUUUUCCACAACUCGCUGCUCCUCUAGUCAAACUCCUCCCCAACAAGAGACGAGACCAGAUGAAUAAUUUCUUCAUCCACAGCAUCCAGAGGAUCAUUAAGCAGAGAGAAGAGCAGCCUCCUGAAGAGAGGCGACGAGACUUCCUUCAGCUGAUGUUGGAUGCUCAAACCAGCCAGGAGUAUGUGGAUCAGAUGGAGCAGUUGACCUCUUCCAAUCGGGCAGACAGUCCGCGGGGUCCACAGAAAAAAGUGAUCACAGAAGAUGAGAUUGUGGGUCAAGCAUUUGUCUUCCUUCUUGCCGGCUAUGAAACCAGCAGCAACACGUUGGGCUUCACCUGCUACCUGCUGGCCGUCAACCCGGACUGCCAGCGCAAAGUCCAGGAGGAGCUGGAAGAUUUCUUCACCAGGCACGAAUCUGCAGACUACACAAACGUCCAGGAGCUGAAGUACUUGGAAAUGGUGGUGUGUGAGGCUCUGCGUCUCUACCCUCCUGCUUUCAGGUAUGCACGUGACAUCGAUGAAGACUGAGUGGUGAACGGUCAGUUGCUGCCUAAAGGGGCGUCACUAGAGAUCCCGGCAGGCUUCCUCCACCGUGACCCGGAUCACUGGCCCGAGCCCGAGCGCUUCAUCCCUGAGAGAUUCACGCCGGAAGCAAAGGCGAGUCGCCAUCCUUUUGUUUACCUGCCGUUUGGCGCCGGGCCACGGAACUGUGUGGGAAUGAGACUGGCCCAACUGGAAAUCAAAAUGGCUCUGGUUCGACUGUUCAGCAGGUUCAACAUCGUAGCUUGCUCUGAAACUCAGGUCCCGCUUGAGCUGAAGUCGACCAGCACCCUGGGACCCAAAGAUGGCAUUUAUGUGAAGAUCCAGAGAAGAAAUGGCGCUGAAGGCAAAGUUUGAACUCCACCAAUAGACCAGUGACUUUAAAACUAACAUGGUGUGACCCAGAACACCUCAUUCUUCUUUACACUCAUAAACAGCAAAAUGCAUCACAAUCAAGGCAAGGGUGAAAUUGUGCUCAAUAUUCCAAAAUUAUUUUGGGGAGUAAGUGACUUUCAAUAGGAUAAAAUGGCACAUAGAGCAAGCAUGAAAACAAUCUCUCACUCCUGUCAUAGCACAGCUGUUCCAGCAGGAGGAAGAAGCUGAAUAAUGGUUACUGCUUUGCUAGUGUCGACCACUUUCAACAUCUGAUCUUAACCCGAAAUAGUCGCCUGGGUCAGGCAGCAGUUUACCUCAUGUGUCAAGUGAUCAUAAUGUCUGUCUUUCAUGUGUGUUACUGAUCAAAUUCCAAGGUAUUUUAAUUGUUGAUUUUGCUAAUUCUGGGCCUCUUUCCCUGGCUGCUGCCCCUGCGACCCGGCCUCAGUUCAGUGGAUGAGGUGGGUUUUGCAAUCCAGUGUGCUGAUGAUUCACAGAUGAUUGAAGUGUGUGAACUAUAUUACUUGUUAAAUCAUUUGUCACGAUGAGGAGGGAACAUUUGAUUGUGCGGGACACAUGGAUGUAAUAAAAGCUUUUAC